ACGGUGGGAGGGGCGCGAGCUGCUUGACGGACACGUCGAAGCUGCCAGAGGAUGUUUGGGGAGGGGAUGCGUAUGCUUGGGAUACGCUUCAGAACCCUGAAAGCUUUGGGAGCAAAGGUGGGUCUACGAGCCUCAAGGUAGACUAUGGUGGGUUAGGUGGUGGGAUUGUGAAAUUGAUGGUUCAUCAGGUUCUUGAGAUGAAUGCUAGGGUUUUAGCUGAUGGUGCAAAUGGAGGUAACAAAGGUGGAGGUGGCUCUGGUGGCAGCAUCUACAUCAAGGCUUACAGAAUGACUGGUGGUGGGAUGAUCAGUGCUUGUGGUGGUGAUGGUUAUGCUGGUGGUGGUGGUGGCAGAGUUUCAGUUGAUGUUUUCAGCAGGCACGAUGAGCCCAAAAUUUAUGUACAUGGUGGUAGUAGCGUGGGCUGUGCUGAAAAUGCAGGUGCUGCUGGAACUCUUUAUGAUGCAGUUCCUCGAAGCCUCAUUGUUGAUAACUUUAACAUGACAACUGAUACGGAGACACUUCUCUUGGACUUUCCUAAUCAACCUCUUUGGACCAAUGUUUAUGUUAGAAAUAAGGCUAGGGCCACGGUUCCUUUGCUCUGGAGUCGUGUACAGGUGCAAGGACAGAUAAGUAUCUUGCAGGGUGGGGUGUUGAGCUUUGGGCUGCGACAUUAUGCUUCUUCAGAGUUUGAGUUACUGGCUGAAGAACUGUUGAUGAGUGAUUCUGAGUUGAAGGUAUAUGGGGCUCUACGUAUGUCAGUAAAAAUGUUCUUGAUGUGGAACUCAAAGUUGCUCAUAGAUGCCGGGGAGGGAACUGCUGUGGCAACUUCUUUGCUUGAAGCUAGUAAUUUGAUUGUUCUCAGGGAGUCUUCUGUUAUACAUUCUAAUGCAAACCUUGGAGUUCAUGGACAAGGUCUAUUAAAUUUGUCAGGGCCAGGGGAUUGGAUUGAAGCUCAGCGCUUGGUUUUAUCCCUAUUUUACAGUAUUCAUGUUGGGCCUGGGUCUGUCUUGCGUGGUCCAUUGGAGAAUGCAACAACUGAUGAUGCGACUCCCAAGCUUUAUUGUGACAAUGAAACUUGCCCCUUUGAAUUACUUCAUCCUCCUGAAGAUUGCAAUGUGAAUUCAUCAUUGUCAUUCACACUUCAGAUCUGCCGAGUUGAGGACAUUCUAGUUGAAGGCCUUAUUAAAGGUUCUGUUGUCCAUUUCCACAGGGCAAGGACCAUAACUGUGGAACCUUCUGGAUUAAUAUCUGCCUCUGGAAUGGGCUGUACUGGUGGUUUGGGCCAUGGAAAUGUUCUAAGCAAUGGUGUUGGUAGUGGCGGUGGGCAUGGUGGGAAAGGAGGGGCUGCAUGUUAUAAUGAUAGUUGUAUUGAAGGUGGCAUUUCAUAUGGGAAUGCAAACCUGCCCUGUGAACUUGGUAGUGGAAGUGGAAAUAGCAGCUCAGCUAGUGGAACGUCUGGGGGUGGUAUUGUAGUCAUUGGAUCAUUAGAACAUUCUUUGUCAAGUUUGUCCAUUAAAGGUUCUAUAAAUGCUGAUGGAGAGAAUUUUGAACCAGCAACCAGGAGGGAGAAUCUUGCAUUUUUUGAUAAUUUUACUGGAGGUUCUGGGGGUGGAUCUGGUGGGACCAUACUAUUGUUUCUCCAUACCCUUUCACUUGCUGAAUCAGCUAUUCUUUCUAGUAUGGGCGGUUAUAGCACAAAUGGAGGCGGUGGUGGAGGUGGUGGACGAAUUCACUUUCAUUGGUCUGACAUUCCCACUGGAGAUCUUUAUCAGCCUAUUGCUAGUGUAAAAGGAGACAUUCAUACUGGGGGAGGACAAGGUAAAGGACAGGGUGGUUCUGGAGAAAAUGGGACAAUAACUGGAAGGGAUUGCCCCAAAGGGCUCUAUGGGACAUUUUGUGAGGAAUGUCCAGCUGGCACUUACAAGAAUGUUACUGGAUCUGAUAAAUCUCUCUGUCGCCAGUGUCCAGUUAAUGAGCUUCCUCAUCGUGCAUCAUAUAUUACGGUUCGAGGUGGGAAUGCUGAAACUCCUUGCCCGUACAGAUGUAUUUCAGACAGAUAUCACAUGCCAAACUGUUAUACUGCUCUCGAAGAGUUAAUCUACACAUUUGGUGGUCCAUGGUUGUUUGGUCUUUUUCUUACUUGUCUACUGAUCCUGUUAGCACUGGUGCUUAGUGUUGCUAGAAUGAAAUUUGUUGGGGUUGAUGAAUUGCCUGGCCCAGCACCCACCCAACAUGGUUCACAAAUAGAUCAUUCUUUCCCCUUCCUGGAGUCGCUAAAUGAGGUCUUGGAAACAAACAGAGUUGAGGAGUCCCAAAGUCAUGUUUAUAGAAUGUACUUUAUGGGGCCUAAUACUUUCAGUGAGCCUUGGCAUCUGCCACAUUCACCUCCUGAACAGAUACAGGAUAUUGUUUUUGAAGGUGCAUUCAAUACUUUUGUGGAUGAGAUUAAUGCUUUAGCAACAUACCAGUGGUGGGAGGGUGCAAUCUAUAGCAUUCUUGCUGUUCUUGCAUAUCCUCUUGCAUGGUCAUGGCAACAAUGGCGUAGGAGAUUGAUGUUGCAACGUUUGCGUGAGUUUGUUCGAUCAGAGUAUGAUCAUGCUUGCCUUCGUUCAUGUCGUUCUCGAGCUCUCUAUGAAGGGAUCAAGGUGAAUGCAACUUCUGAUUUGAUGCUUGCAUAUGUGGACUUCUUUCUUGGUGGAGAUGAAAAGAGGACAGACUUGCCUCCCCGAUUACAUGAAAGGUUUCCAAUGGCAUUGAUUUUUGGGGGUGAUGGAACUUAUAUGGCUCCAUUCUCCCUCAACAAUGAUAAUAUUCUUACCAGCCUUAUGAGUCAGUCAGUUCAACCAACAACAUGGUAUCGAUUAGUGGCUGGACUUAACGCGCAGUUGCGCUUAGUUCGUCGAGGACGACUAAGAGUAACAUUUCGACCUGUCCUCAAAUGGCUAGAGACUCAUGCUAAUCCUGCAUUGAGUAUCCAUGGUAUUCGUGUUGAUCUUGGCUGGUUUCAGGCGACAAGUAGUGGAUAUUGCAACUAUGGGCUUGUGGUUUAUGCUCUUGAGGAUGAAGGCUAUCCGUCCGGUGCAGAAAAUAUUGAUGUAGCUUCAAGAACUGAGGAAAGAUCACGGCUUAAUAUUAAGAAGGAUCGACCCCCAGUUCUUCCAAGAAGCAGAGGUCACUUAAGCCCUCGUGGAAGAACUGAGAACAAUUAUAUGAGGCGAAAGACACACGGAGCUGCUUUAAGUGUGAACAAUUUGCAUAUGCUUGAUGAGAAGAGGGAUAUCUUUUAUCUUCUCUCUUUUAUACUUCAUAAUACAAAACCUGUUGGCCAUCAGGAUCUUGUUGGUUUAGUAAUCUCAAUGCUACUUCUAGGAGAUUUUAGUUUAGUAUUACUUACGCUGCUUCAACUGUAUUCAAUUUCGAUGAUGGAUGUCUUCCUUGUUUUGUUCAUAUUGCCUUUUGGUAUUCUCCUCCCGUUCCCUGUUGGAAUUAAUGCUCUCUUUAGUCAUGGACCAAGACGUUCUGCAGGCCUUGCACGCCUUUAUGCUCUAUGGAACCUUACAUCUGUUGUUAAUGUUGUCAUUGCAUUUCUUUGUGGAUAUGUUCAUUACUACUCUCAAUCAUCUUCGGGUAAAAAACAACCCAGCACUCAGCCAUGGAGUAUUGGCAUGGACGAAAAUGAAUGGUGGAUUUUUCCAGCUGGACUGGUGUUGUGUAAAUUGUCCCAAUCUCAACUCAUCAAUUGGCAUGUUGCCAAUCUGGAAAUUCAAGACCGUUCCUUGUAUAGUAACGAUUUUGAGCUGUUCUGGCAGUCAUGAUGAUUGAUGGGGUGAGGGAGGAGCAUAUGGGUCGUUGAGGGCUUGUUUCGGUUUCAAACAGUUGCCAAGCUUAUUAGCUGUGCUUAAAUGAGGGCUUCUUUUGUGCUGCACCUGCCCUUUCUCUAACUCUUUGUUUGUAUCUAAUCCUUGUCCAAGUCUUUGGUAAUAUCUCACCCAACUUCCUAGGUUUUCCUCACAAACUAACAUAUUGUCAUUUAAUAUUAUCAUUUUAUUUUCGCGUAACUCCGUUUGGUCUGGUUCUUGAAUGAAUCCCCGCAAUGAACGGCUGCUAGAGUUCUAAUA